AACAUAAAGAUGUCUUGCUACGACCUGUGCCCACCAAAGACCAGCGUGGCCGUCCCUCAGCCCAUCGCUGAGAGCUGCAACGACCUGUGCACCCGCCAGUGCCCCGACUCCACGGCCUUCAUCCAGCCACCCCCCGUCAUGGUCACCUUCCCCGGCCCCAUCCUCAGCUCCUUCCCCCAGCAAGCCGUGGUGGGCUCCUCUGGAGCACCGGCCUUUGGGGGCAACCUGGGUCUGGGGGGCCUCUAUGGUGCCGGUGCCACCCAGGGCUCGGGGGGCCUCUGCACCUUUGGCAGAGCCUACGCUGCUCCUGCCUGCAGCCCUUGUGUCUUGCCCCGCUCCAGCAAGAAGCUCUGGGACACCUGUGGGCCCUGCUAGACCCACACCACACACAGGCGCUGCCCUCAGACCACCUGCCAAUGUCACCAGCAACCCCAGCUAAGGCCUGGGCAGCUGGCAGUGCCUUGGACCCUUCCCUGCCCUCUUCCUCUGCCCCCUGAUAUCUUCCCCUGCCCUUUUCCCUCAUCUCUUGUUCAGGGCAGGAGCUGGACCCAAAAGGCUGUGUGGGGUUGAUGGGCCAAGCCCUUGGGAUCUGGAAUGCUGCAACAAGGGGUCAUGUGGAGCAAGAAGCCAUGCUCUGGAGAAGAUUCCUCUGCCUGUCACAACACAGGGCAGCCAGCAUCUCUGGGUCUUGCCUACCAUCUCUCUGACAGUCUCUCCUGCCCCUCUGGGCACAAUAAAGUUUUCCUGCAUCCAU